CAUCGCCCAUCCACCAUAUGUCACUCCUCUAUUUAUGAAGACCCAUUGUACUGUAUUCAUCACUCAACAAAGUUUCAUCGCAAUCUCAUGGCAACAACAACGAGGUUCCUUCUUCUCCUCUUUCUGCUAUCGCUAAGCUUCGCCGGAACCGUUAGAUCUGAAGAAGAUUGUGUGUACACGGUGUAUAUUCGGACCGGGUCGAUCAUAAAGGGAGGAACCGAUUCGGUUAUUGGGCUUAAGUUAUACGACGCCUACGGCUACUACAUAUACAUCACCAACUUGGAGGCAUGGGGCGGGUUAAUGGAUCCGGGUUAUAACUAUUUCGAGCGGGGCAAUCUCGACAUUUUCAGUGGCAGGGGUCCUUGCUUGGACGGACCCGUUUGCGCUGUGAACUUAACUUCGGACGGGUCGGGGCCCCAUCACGGGUGGUACUGUAAUUACGUGGAGGUUACUUCCACUGGGGUGCACAUACCCUGCGCUCAGCAGCAGUUCACGGUGGAGCAGUGGCUCGCUACCGACACGUCACCCUAUGAGCUAUGGGCUGUAAGGAACUAUUGCAACUACAACUUGGGCCAGGCCCAUCCUAAGCCUAAGACCAGUGAUGCUAUCAGAUUUGGAUCUGGGCCUAGGGCUGGUUUCUCUGUUUUGGGCUCCACGGCCCGUGAGUAGGGGUAUUGUAUCGGUAGUGUUGU